CUCCGCCGCCGCCGCCGCAGCCGCCGCCGCCGUCGUCGUCGUCACUCGUCCGUCGCCUCGGGAGCGCGAGCGUCGUAUAUUUUCGAGGGAUCCUUGACUCGGGCACCGCGCAGUCCCCUCCUGUUCGCACAAGCGUUCCAGUUUUGACGUCCCCAUGUGAUGCCACACCUGCAACGAACGUUCGAACAUUCGCUUCCCGUUCUUGUCAGGUCAGGUUUCUUGAAUCGGCGCUGGGCCUCCAUUCCUGGCGCGCGGAGCGCGCCAGGGGGGCGCUGGAGGCGCCGCCAAGAGUGUCCAGCGAAGAUCCGAGAAAUCCGUGCGGAAAACCCAAAGUUUUGUGCUCCUCGGGUAUAGCCAUAUCCUUCCUUGUUGCCUUGGGUGGGCUGCUGACGGUGGCCCUGGCGCCGCGCGACGCCGGGCCGUUGUACUAUGCGGGCGGUGCCCUCCUCGCCCUCGCAAGUGGUUUCGUCUUCAGCGAGGAGCCUCGUCCUCCUCCUCGCCCUUCUCCUCGUGCUCAUUGUCCUCCUUGUCCUCGUUCUCUUCGCCCUCGUCCUCAUCCUCCUCGCCCUCGCCCUCCUCGUCCUCCUCGCCCCCCACGUUGCCCUUGUCGACGAGGAGCGGACGAAGAGGACGCGGCAGCUGGCCCGGCUGCAGCGGGAGUACGCGCUGGGCGACUUGAGCGUGGAAGUCGUGAGCCCCGCGACGCGGCUGGCGCGGAGGGUUCAGGUGGCCAAGCUCAGGGGGAGCCGCCGCGUCGUGGCGCUCUACGGGAGCGGACCACAGCUGGAGGAGGCGCUCGAGGGGGCCAUGCCGUACCGGACGAGACUGUCGCAGAGCGAGGUGGUGGUGGUGCCGACGGCGACGGAGGACGGCCCCUUCGACGCUGGGGAGGCCGUCGAGCGAGCGCUGGGUCGGGCCGGCGCCCGAGCGGCCCUGGGAUCCUGGCUCGCGGACGCGGAGCCGCAGCGGGCGUGGCGGCGCUACUUCGACGAGCUGCUGGAAGACCGCGGCGGCACGACCGGGCGGGGCAUCUGGGUGGCGCUGAACUUCCGGGGCCGGGUGCUCGGCAGCAAUUUCGGCUGCCCGAUCUGGGACGAGCUUCUGGCGGCAGUCCCGCCGAGGCUGCCGCUCAUCUCCACGGAGGCGGCCAACGAGAGCGCGGAGUCUGCCGACGUGCUGGCGGCGCAGGCGCGCUUCUACGAGGCGCUGGUGGCCGGAGACGAGAAAGCCCUCGCUGGAAUGUUUGUGGACCAGGACGACCCCGAGCUCAGCUUCGCGCUCGAGGUGGACGAGGCCGCGAACAGCAACCUGAGCGACUGGGCAGCCGUGCUCGCCGAGGGCGUCCGCCCUGAAAUCACCACCGCUGGCCACGACUGCGUGCUGCGGAGUGCCGGAGACGCGGUGUCCACGUGCGUCGAGUUCCCCGUCCUGGGCCCCACACUGCUUGCAACGCAGCGCUGGCGGAGGGCGCCUGGCGGCAAGGACUGGAAGCUCCUGACGCACCGGAGCAUCCCGUACGCCCCCGCCGUCGAGGCUCGCGUCACCCUGCGCUGCGAUCGCCGCGGCUGCAUCGCCUUCGGGAAGCAGCUCGACGCGAUGCGGUAACCGGGCCUCUCGGCUGGCUCGGGCCCGUGAAGUCGCGAGUGGAGGCCAGGAAAUGGGCGCAUUGGAGUCCUCCUGCUGUCCUCCUCCCCGUGUUCGCUGACAUCCUCCUGUUAUGCC